GAAAAGCAAAAGAUCACAUGCGCACAAUUAUGAGAACAAAACGAAAAUAGUUACCUCAAAAAGAAGAGGAGCACAAAAAUAUAAGUUAAAGAAGACAAAGUACUCAGCUAUUGGUGUGAGUUUUGUCUUGUUUCAACACAAUAGGUCCACUUCAUCAGAUGACAUUUGAUAUGCUAAAUGUGGUCCAAUUUCUCCUUCUACCUUGGAUAUGUAUGAAUCUAUUAUAUGGCAUAUCAUGAUGCAGUAAUGUAAUAACCCCUCUUACCCAACAUUUGGCAAACCUUCUUCCCUAUAUAUCUUAGUAUCUAUCCCCCCUUCUUCCUAUAUAUGGGGACAACUCUUUCUCAACACUUCUCACUAGUUAAACAAUCCAUCUAAGCAAAAGAAAUAAAUAUAAUAUAAGGGCAAGUACGACACUGAACUUCUCCAUUUAGAUGGAGUAUAUUUCUUGUUUCAUUCUUUACUUCAUUCUCUCUCUUAUAGCUCUUAUCUUAUACUAUCAUAUUUCAUCAAAGGAACCAAAAUGGAAAAACUUACAAAAAGCAAAGCUGCCUCCUGGUUCAAUGGGCUGGUCGUACAUAGGGGAAACUCUCCAACUGUACUCGCAGGACCCAAGUGUCUUCUUUGCUAACAAACAAAAAAGGUAUGGUGAUAUCUUCAAAACACAUAUUCUUGGAUAUCCUUGUGUUAUGCUAGCUAGUCCUGAAGCUGCUAGAUUCGUGCUGGUAACUUACGCUCACUUGUUCAAACCAACAUAUCCCAAGAGCAAAGAGAGGUUGAUUGGUCCUUCUGCUUUGUUCUUUCACCAAGGAAACUACCAUUCUCGACUAAGGAAGCUGGUUCAAAGCUCGUUAUCUCCUGAAGCUCUUCGUAAAAUAGUUGAUGAUAUCGAGGCCUUGGCCAUUUCUUCCUUGGAAUCAUGGGCAGAAAAUAACCAAACCAUCAAUACAUUUCGUGUGAUGAAGAAGUUCUCCUUUGAAGUAGGCAUUCUUGCUAUAUUUGGUCAGCUGGAUGCUAAGUACAAAAAGGAGCUAAACAAGAACUAUUCCAUUGUAGAAAAGGGCUAUAAUUCUUUCCCUACGAACUUACCCGGAACUGCUUAUAACAAAGCUAUGGUGGCAAGGAGGAAGCUUAGUGAGAUUCUUCGUGAAAUAAUCUGUGAAAGGAAGGAAAAAAGAACAGUAGAGAAAGAUCUCUUGAUUCAUCUGCUGAAUUUCAAAGAUGUGAAAGGAAAGACUUUAACAGAAGAUCAAAUUGCUGACAAUGUCAUUGGAGUACUCUUUGCUGCCCAGGACACAACAGCUAGUGCUUUAACAUGGAUUCUAAAGUACCUCUAUGAUGACCAGAAACUUUUAGAAGCUGUUAAGGCAGAACAAAAAACAAUUUACAUAUCAAAUGGAGGAAAGAAGCCGUUGACAUGGGCUCAAACAAGAAAUAUGUCACUAACUUACAGGGUCAUAUUAGAGAGCUUAAGGAUGUCUAGCAUUAUAUCUUUCACCUUUAGAGAAGCUGUGGUUGAUGUAGAAUACAAUGGUUACUUGAUUCCUAAAGGUUGGAAGGUGAUGCCACUAUUUAGAAACAUUCAUCACAAUCCAGAAUUUUUUGCGGACCCUCGAAAUUUUGAUGCUUCCAGAUUUGAGGUUGCUCCCAAACCCAAUACCUAUAUGCCAUUCGGCAAUGGUGCCCAUGCUUGUCCAGGAAAUGAACUUGCCAAACUGGAGAUGAUGAUACUAAUUCAUCAUUUGGUCACCAAAUUUAGGUGGGAAGUCGAAGAUUCCAAAGGAGCAGUACAGUACAGCCCAUUCCCAAUACCUCGGCAUGGACUCCCAUCUAGGUUCUGGAAGGAAACGAGAAGCCAAACAGAUCCCUAGAAAACGAGAUGCCUCCUGAUAUUAAAAACUAAUACUAGCAGCAGAAAAAAAAUUACAGAUAAUACUUCGGAACUUGGUUUCCUGUUUCUGAUGAAACUCAUCCCAGCAACUUUUUUGUUUGCUGAGUUCUAUUUUUGUUCCCUUUGAUGAAUUGUACUAUAAAUUAUUAGUAUGUAAAGCCAAUCACAUUUUCUAACAAAGAAAGCAAAAUCUUUUCUGGCUAAA